AAGCAAAAAAAGAAAAAAUAAAUAAAACCUAGUGUUGUUGUAGAUUCGUAGUUGCAUUUAAAGAACAAGAAGUCUACCAAAAAAAAACACUGAACAAGUGUUCUUUAUUAACACUUCCUUUAGUAUAUAUGCGGCACACAUCAGUGUACAAACACAUAAUCGAUCAUGGCUCCUGAGAACGACAACUAUGAUGAGGUGAAGAUCAUAGAAAAUUGUCAAGUUGCUCCACCACAAGGCUCUCUUCCCUCAACCACACUUCCCUUCACUUUCUUCGAUAUUCAAUGGUUCCUUUGCCACCCCGUCAAGCGCAUCUUCUUCUAUGACUUCCCUUACCCUACCAACCACUUCCUUCAAGCAUCACUCCCUCCUCUCAAACACUCCUUUCACGGUUGCGGAGUCCAAAGCUGAUUUCAAUCUUCUUGUAUCUGAUUCACCACAAAAUGCAAGAGAUUGGCACCCUUUUGUUCCUUCUUUGCCUCCACAAGAUACCUUAGAGAAUGGCACUCGUGUGAUCCCUUUAAUGGCGAUUCAAGUAACCAUGAUACCGAAUUCUGGAUUCGCUAUUUGUCUCACUUUCAACCACCUUGUUGCGGAUGGCAAGUCUCUUCAUCAUUUCAUAAAGUUUUGGGCCACACUUUGCAAGGAGAUAGUAACAAAAGGAGGUAAUAACUUAGGCUCCUUUCUUGAAGGGUCUAAUAGUAAUUUAACCCUACCUUCCCAUGAUAGAAACAUGGUUAAAGACCCAAAAGGGCUGAAGCAAGUUUUCUUGGAAGAGCUGAAAAAAUCUUAUUUUGAGAGCUUGGAAUUCCGAGGGCUUGUGAAAGAUGUUUCUACCAACAAGGCACGUGGUACGCUCGUGGUGACACGUGACCAAGUUGACAAAUUAAAAAAAUGGGUGUCGCUUAAAUAUAGCGACACCUAUGGUGAUAACUGUGAGUCAUUGCAACACAUUUCAACCUUUGUUGUCACAAGCUCUUUGGUUUGGGUUAGUAUAAUGGAAUCAGAAGAACAAUGCAAUAAUAAUAAGUAUGAUGAAAAUUGCCAUUUGGUGUUUCUAGCUGAUUGCCGUGGCCAUGUUGAAUUUUGUGUACCUCAAAAUUACUUUGGAAAUUGUCUAGACUCUGGGUUUGUGACAUUCAAAAGGGGUGACAUAUUAGGAGAAAAUGGGAUUGUUAGGGUGGCAAGUGCAAUUGAGAGUGAAAUUAGAGAGUUGAAAAGAGAAGCAUAUAGAGAUGGUGAAAAUGUGAUGGAAAGGUAUAAGGAAUUAGCUACGUCUGGAGAAAGUUUAAUCAUAGUUGCAGGGUCACCAAGGUUGGGAGUGUAUGAAACUGAUUUUGGAUGGGGGAAGCCUAGGAAAUCUGAAGCGGCACAUCUUGAAUCAUCAGGGUCAAUUUCUCUUUCUGAUAGUAAGAAUAAAGAAGGGGCGAUUGAAAUUGGAUUUUCACUUGAAUGGCCUCGAAUGAAUCUAUUCAUCAACAUCUUUGAACAACACAUCAAAAGUGUUCAUCAAACUUUGUCAAUGAUGACCAAUUUGAAUUGAAUUAGGCAAUAUGAUAAUAUAUGUAAUGAGACCUCUGUUGUUGUUCUGAUUAGCUUUUAUAUAUUAUGUUAGUAGUUUAAUAAUUUCAAUCUCAAUCAGGGUAGGGUACGUUGGUCAUGGGCUAGCUCAUGGCUAUUAGUCUAUUACCAUGUGGGGUAAGACUUUGGAGAUGAUAUUAUGAAAUAAAGGGUAAAUUACUUUUCCUUCUCUA